AUGAAUAGUGGGAAGUUUUGGAAUAACUAAAAUUUUCCUUAAUUUGAUCAUAAUGAGACUUAGAAAGUUUUGAUCUCAACUUUCUACAAAUUUGGUUAACGAUUAGGUCAGAAAUGUUUUCGCCAGUACAUUCUAAUUCGGCAAUAUUUGUUAUAUUCAGAUGUUGGCAAUUUUAAGCACAUUAAGGGAAGUGUUAAAUUGGAUGGUGUCUAUGCAUCAUUUUAAAUAUCUAAUUCAGAAUAUCAGAUAUAUCUUAAAAAUAAUGGAUUUCAAAUUGUGUUAUGUACAGACAAUACAAAUCAAUACCAGUUAUGGGCGAAACUCUUAUCUAAUUGUUGUAUACUCACUACAUUUAAUGAGGAUAUGAUCUUGGGAAAAUUGAUAGGAAAUGGAAGCUUUUCAACAGUAUUUAUGCAUGUUAAUAAGGUUUAUGAGGGAAGGAAUAAGGAGGGCCAUGUAUUUGCAAUUAAAGCAAUACCUAAAACGAGAUCCAAAGUCUCAACAAUAAACAAGUAAUACGAAGAGCAGUUGUUAAGUGAAAUUUCAAGUUUAAGAGAGUUGGACCAUGUAAACAUUUUAAAGCUUCAUCGAGUUUAUGAGACAGCAGAAAAAUUAUAUUUAGUUACUGAAUUUAUUCAUGGUUAUGAAUUAAUCUCAAAAGCUGCCAGCAAACCCAUCUUUCAAGGUUCUGAGUUGAAAAGCUUCAUUCACCAAAUGCUCUUGGCAAUUAAGGAUAUACAUUAACACAACAUUAUGCAUAGAGAUAUUAAGCCGUAGAAUAUCAUGUUAAAAAAUGGCCAGCUAUCUUAGCCUUGUCUUAUCGACUUUGGGCUGGCUGUAAGUACUAAGAAAAAAGGAUUUCCAUUUCCAUCCUGUGGAUCUCCUGGUUAUUCAGCUCCAGAAAUAAUAAGAUUUGAUGAAACCAAAAAAGAAUAUGGUGGAUAGUGUGAUAUAUUCAGUUUUGGUAUAACAUUAGUUGUUAUGCUCUAUGGAUACAGCCCAUUUAAGGCGUAGGAUUAAAAAUAAACAAUAAAGAGAAAUGCUGAAGCAUAUUUUGAAUUCCCUAGUAACAUUUACCCAUAGGAAUAACAUUUGAUUUUGUAGAUGACAAAAAAGUAUCCUAAAGAUAGAAUCACGGCUGAGUAGGCUCUAAGCCAUCCCUUUUUUUAGAUUAAACUUAAUAAAACUAUUCAACUGCCCAAGGCCAUUUUAUCAAAAUAGUAAUAUGAAAUGAGCAAAAACUUCAAUAAUAUUAAUGUACAUGCUAGUUUAGAAAUGGACAGAGAGUUCGGAUUGAAUUAUGCCAUUCAACUCUGUAGUUGUUCUCCAUAAAAUAACAAAAAUCGAACUUGCACUUUAUCAAGCAAUCCAAAUAAAUUACAAUAAAUUGAUGAAUUUCAAUUAGACUGUGUUGAAGAUUCAAUUGAUAGUAAUCACAUAGAUAAGCUUAAGAUGGGUCAAAGGCAUUUUUAUAAAUAAAAAUCAUAAAUCAACAGUCAAUUUUGA